AUGUCACAACCCCAAAUGUCCCCUGAAAAGGAGCAAGAAUUGGCCUCCAGGAUCUUGCAUAGGGCUGAAUUGGCCCAGAUGACGCGUCAAUUAAAGCUUGGUUUAAGUAAUGUCCCAUCAACUAAACGAAAACAGGAUUGUGAAACAAAGAAAAGAAGCGGAGAGGAUUCCGAAGACGUUGAUGAUGAGCACAGAUCUCUUUUAGAGGCUAUAUCGCCUGCGAAAAAGCCCCUUCACGAUGAUACAAAUAAAAUGACCGUUUUAUCACCUGUAAAAUUUGUAGAGAAGCCAACCACACCCCCAUGUUCACGGCAACGAAUAGCUGAAAGCCGUCCACAACAAUUGAAGCCCAGAAAGGAUGGCACUCCAUCCACUCCAAGGGCUUCGGCUACUCCUAUAAUUUUACCACAUGCCUCAUCGCAUUACCAGCGUCCCCACGAUAAAAACUUUAUGACGCCAAAACGUAAUAAUAAUAAUAAUAAUAAUAUAAGAAAGAAGGCACCGGUUUCUAAGGAUGCACCACAGGAGAGCGAUAAUACUGCGGGGGCAGACCUCUUGAUGUAUCUCGCCACGAGCCCGUACAGUAAGUCUUCACAUCAUGGUACACCAAUGAGCGUAAGGAUGCCCACUACACCACGCUCUUAUCACUACGCGUCACAAUUAAGUUUGAAUGGUACGACAACAAACACAGCAAAUGAUGCAGUAAGAUUUUCUCAUAUUAAACCCUCAGCAUCUUCUCCGCAGUCCACUUUCAAAACAAAUAUUUUGCCAAAUUUUCCAGAUGAAUCUCUCAUGGAUUCUCCCUCAUUAUACCUAAGUAACAAUAGUGGUAAUGUUCAGGCGGCAUUGUCACCACAACAGAGAAGAAGGCCUAUCACAAACACAUUGCACCCGCCUAGCAACGUACCUACCACGCCUUCAAGAGAGCUGAAUAGCGCCAAUUUCAACUUACUUAGGACGCCCAACUUCAACAUGGGAGAUUAUCUGCAUAACCUUUUCAGUCCUUCACCAAGAGUUUCCACCCAACAGGGUACCUCAGGCACAUCAGCAGCAAUUCCUUCUGUCUCAGCAUUAGCACCUGCAUCAUCAUCUUCUAACCACUCUACAGUGACCGCAGCUGCAAUACCAAAUCAUACCGCCGAUAAUUUCCUAGAUAUGAAUGCCAACGGAAUCCCCCUUAUUGUAGGACCCAGUACUGAUCGCAUGGGUGAAGGUGAGUCUAUUGAUGACAAACUUACUGAUUGA